AUGCUUCCAUCAACCACGUUCAUUUUGCUUCUCCUCUCCUACGCCCACGUUAUCGCAUGCGAUGACACUUUGCAUGCCAGAGGCGCUUGCAGCAGCAGUUACACUGUAUGCAGCCCCAAAGGCGCCGCUACAACAAAUGAACCUCCGAUUGGCACUGGAAUUUCUUCUCUCUUUGUCGAUGUCGUGGACACCCUCGAUAGCGCUAAUCUAGCAAAGCGAGAGGCUGGGCAAGACACUUGCGCGAUUGAGACCCGCGCAUCAGGAGGCGGUCUGUGCUGUGCCGAUGGAACUAUCUGUCUUCUUCUCCAGGACUUCGAGCUUUCCUUUUGCUAUGAUAACUAUACCACGAACUUCUUUCUCCCUGGCGGAUCCUACGGUCAAGUCCAUGACGGCUCUUACACCUCGACCGACGGCUCUAUAGCCAAUCUGCUCACGGGAAACUACACACUGGGGGACGGAUCAUCAGGCAAUAUCUACGGCACGCCCGCGACUCCUCCAAACACUGCGACUCUGACGCUGCCUACACAAGACACUGCCUCAGGAGUUGGUAGUGCCAUACCGGUAACGGCAUUAGGUCAAGAGGUCACAUAUACCACCACGAUACCUGGCACAACGGUUUCGCCUUCCGUCAUCUCGACUACAAUCUCAGCCUUGACAAUUACGGGCGGCAGUACCGUUGGGUCUGUUAUGGCCGAGGCUUUGACUACCGUGCCAGGAAGCACCGUUGCACCAGAGGUUACCACUGUUACAACAAGACUUGCAGCUUCCGCAACCAGGAAGAGCUUUGGAACCGCCCUGAUGCCAAAUAUUUCAGCUUUCGUUAGCGCUUUCGUGAUGGGAUUAGUCUUGAGACGUGUGCUAAUCUAG